UUGAUACGCAUAUUUUGUAACAUUACCAGCCAGAAAACUAUUUACGAUAUUAAACGUAUCACUAUAGUGACUGAAAAUGACGCUAACGGAUUAUUUGGUAUACUUCGUCGUGGCAUUGGCAUUGAUUCCUGCUAAUAUUUUGAGCUUGGCAUGUACGUAUUAUUUUUUAUGGUAUGAUUUCCGUUUAUUCUUACACACUAAUCAGUGAAAUUAAAAUUAUGUUUUGAGCAGUGAAAUAACAUGUUGUUGUUUUUUUCACCGUUUUGGCAUUUCAAUCUGCUCUCAUUUCGAACUUAGCACUUGAUUUGGUGACUAUUUCUGAAAUGACGCCUACGUUCGCAUACAUAUGGCGUGUUUUUCUGAAAAAAUACCUUCCACAAAAUGUAAUUUUAUAUCGUUAUUCGUCAUAUAAUUAAAAAAGAUCUUAUUGGUUGGAGCGGAGGAUCAUGUUUUUUUAUUUAUUUCGAUCUAACACUGACACAAGCGUGUAUCCUCCAUAGCGUUGAUAUGUAUGUAUGUAUAAGUGAGAUCGUUUGUUAAUGAACAAAUUGAAUAUUCUGACCGAUUUAAAUUAUAAUUUUGAUAUCAAUGCUGAAAGCAAAUAAAUUUCUUUACACAAUGAAUUUUAACAAAUAUUUUGGUUAAUUGUUGGUUAAGGUGCUUUAAUGGUUGUCAAUCAUUUCGCGGCACAUUAGUUAUAGAAACCGUAUAUCUACAUUCAAUUGUUAAAAUUAAUCUGAUACAAUGUUCUAAAGAUACUUUAAGUUUAAUUUACGCUAGGUUCAUGUCAUCAAAACUGGACGCAUAUUCUUACGACUAGCACGAAUGGUGUGGUCACAUAUGGCUCAAAGUCUGACCUCAUUUCUGCGGCUAUGAGCGGAAGUGACGUCAGAAUACAGUUGGGGGAUAAUGAAUUCAUGAGCGUCCAAAACCUCCAUACUGUCGGGGAUAAUAUCUGCGGACAGGCCUUGUUUCACAUCAGCAAAGCGUCAUGGAAAACGUUUCAAGAAAAGGCAUAUUGGUGGUUCCUAAAUGUCUGCUCGACAGGACGUUUCCAAAUGAUGCGUUAUUACGUCGGCAACCACGUGUUAUACAGCACGGACUUCGGAACCUCGCAGAUCAAUUAGUUUGUGAAGUAAGUCCUUAUUAGAUCAUUUUAUUAAGAAAUUUACAAACAUAGCUCGUUUAAACAGAACUUUAACUUACAGUCUAUGAACUUUCGAAAUCCGUAGUUAAACUUUAGCGUUUAAAAAUACGUAAUGUGUCCAAAACCAGAGAGACAAAGUCUUCUAAUUUAAUAGUUUAGAAAUAUCUGACAUAAUACUACAUUUUACUGGAACAAACGCCCUACUUGAGUAUCGAGUAUUGCUUCAGCUUUUCUGCAAGCCAAUGCAAUAUCACACGAAAAUACUUACCACACUCCCAAACUCUAUUCAUUUUAUCACAUAAGGUCAUGGACUGAUGCAUAAUCUUGUGUGAUUUUGCUCUUUUAAUAGCGUCGUAUUUCAUAGAACCUUUUGUCAAUAUUGCAAAGAAACAUAGUUUUAGAGCAAAUUAUGACUCUAAAUUAUUGCUCAAAAGCAUAGUUUUGUACUCAAUUAUGUUUUGGCGGUGUUAUAUUUUUCUUUGGAAUAGUGAUCGUAGUUUCAAUCACCUGUAAUGUAGUGUAGAGGGAGAUGUAUACCCCCUGCAUGUGGAGUUUGAGCUCAACCACAAAAUAACGCGCCAAAAAUUGCACGCCAACCUUUUAAAAGCUUAUCACCAUAACAAUACCAUUUAUAAUGUUCUAUGCAAUGUCAUUGUGGAGUUUGAGUAGCAAAUUAUUAUAAUGAUAACGAAGUCCAUGACUUAAUGAAAUGUAGGAUAGCAGUCCAUUUUAUUAUGUAUUUCGGUAUAAAUUGUAUUAUAUGUGUAGAACCAGGGAGAAGGAUAAUUGGUCCUUAUAAUUCUUAAAAAAAAUAUACUAAUAAUUUUUUUGCCUUCUGUUGCCAUGCCAAUACAUGCCAUGUUAACGUGAUUUAAAUCAAGUGGUUGAAAAAGAUUCAUAUAAUGAUCGUUUAAUAACUUCCCUCUUUUAACCUGAAUGCCUUUGCGUUAUUUAUUUGUUGUGCAUAAAUGUCCUUGUUUACGUAGGACUGGAAUGCCUCCUCAUACGUGCACCCGCGCCACUUAAUUGGGUUAACUCAUGUAUUAUUUAUAAAGCUUUGUCAUUAGCAAACUCAUUAACAUGUUGAUACAAUUUUUUCAUGAAGGAACGGGGCGGUGUUCUUGGAGUAAAAUAAGCGACUGCAUACGUUAUCUGAUUCUACAGAGGAGAGGAUAUAAGAGGUUGUUUCCGAUUACUUUUUUGUAAUUAAAUGAUACUUUAAUCAAUUUAAACAACAUGUAUCAGUAAAGGACAACUAUUCCUGUCCUUCAGGGCAGAAUGGCAAAAAAAGAUUAAUACAAUCACAAUGUAAUUUCAUGCAAAUUUUUAUAGCGAUUAAAAAAUGGCUUUUGGUACUCACGGCGGAGAAUCCACGUGACCAAAUGAUUGGUUUCAGUGCAAAAUGGCGUCACCAAAACGCUCGAUUCGAGACCAAAAUCAAGGUAAUACCUAUAAUCAUUUUAUUUUCUUGGAAUUUAAACAUAUUCUAUCAUAUGCCUACCUACCUAGUGUGUUUUAUUAUAUCCAGUCAGGUACGUGUGUGUGUGUACCAAAGGAAAAUAAACCUAAACCAUUAUUGAAAAAUGGAGACUUAUCAAUUUGCUUAAAGUCACUUACAACAUAGUUUCAUGUAGCAUAGCAAAAAGAUUGAAAACUGUGUUGGAUGUUUUAGUUUCUAUAGACCAAACUGGAUUUGUUAAAGGUCGGAAUACAAUUUAAAACAUAAGUUCAAUAUGUUAUGUACUUGCAUAUCUUUUAUCUUUCUUUUUUUCUCGUUUCUUUAAAAAUCAUGUUUUAAAGUUUUGAGAGAUAACAAUAUAAAACAUUUUAUGGUCGAAUGAGAUCAUAUCAUUCAACAUAAGAUCAAACAAUAUACAAGUAGUUAACGAAGAUAGGCUUAGAAUAGUUAGUAAAGAUAACCGAUAGUCUUAAUGUAUUGCACUAAGAAACAUUAAAGUGUUAUUUUAUAUGAAUGCUAGUAUUUCUUAAAAUAAGCGGAGACUAUAUAGGGAUCCUGCACUUUGGGUCACCACCAAAGUAUAAAACCAUGCAUGUUUUUGUUUUUUACCGAUUAUAAAAUCAACCCAAUUAUUUCUUAUUUAGAAAAUAUAUACCAUUUAUAUAAUAUUUGUGCAUAUAAAUUUUACUUUGAUUGGAUUGUAUACAUUAGAACCUUUCUCUUUGAAUAAACGGAAAUGUAAAAAAAAAACACAAAAAGAACAUUAUUAAUAGGAUUGUAAUAUUGAAAGGCUUCUCGAAAAUAAGCUUUUUUGGCGCGCUUUUCAAGGGGUUACAGCUCUCACUACACUUUUAUGAGAGAAUGCGUUUUUAAAAAGAUGUUAUACAGUAAAAGAUACAUUUAUGCUGCUAUAAGGGAAACUUAGUUGAGAUUAAGAUUAAGAAAUGACAUCAAUAUAGUUUUAAAAUGGCGCCUGAAUCAUAUACGAGUACUGAAUACAUAUAUCCAAAUACCGUUGAAAAUUGGUAACACGUAUUUAGCGGUUGAAGAUUUAAUGAUGUGCGGCUUGUAAAAGAUACUGCACUUUCUACCGUAGUUAUUUAAAUUUUACAAGAGCACGGGACGAAAACGUAAUUGCUCAAACUAUUCUUAAAAGAAGUUUUCAGCAUAUAUAACAUUUUUUAUUAUCUAAAGGGAUAGCGGACCAUUUGUAUACAACACACGAGCGGCGGAACACGUUUGAAUGGUCAUUUGAGUGACAUCAUCACUGACGUCAGACACGGCGCUGACGUUCGCGGAGUGCUCGAGAGUUUGGGUUACACUACGAAAAUGGAUAACGUGGAAAUCUCCAAUACCGGUAACCUGGUUGUUGGGCAGGCCGUUUGGCAUGUCAGUCAGAGUUUAGCCCCGCCCAAUAUCGAGUUCAAGGGCAACGACUAUUGAUGGUUCAGUAAUUUCGCCUCAGACGGAGGCCAUUACAUGUCUAGGUGGAGAAUAGGGGAACACACCUCUGUUGGUGCCACCAAUGAAAACAGGCAAAUCACGUGGUACACGGACACGUGUUGGCAGCUGGCAUUUCAGCAUGACUCGGCAGGAAACGAGCUGCAAGGCUCCCUAAAUAUGCUUCGAUCAGCUGUAAAGCGCGGCAAUCGUGUCAAGUUAUUGAUUGGCAACACGUCCGUGGUACCCGAGCAUGUGAGCGUCCGCGGCGGCCACAUCAACGCCAUGAUCAUAAGCAAGGUUUUGAAGGCAAACAGUAACAUCAAGGAGUUUGAUUCUACAGGAGUCUGGGAUUGGAGCAUGGUGACUACGACAGGAACACAGACAACACUGAAGCUGCGCGUCGGAGAAGCAACGGAGACAGCGGACAGCCGCGUCAUCACUGCGACGGAAGUGACGUGGUUUAUAGACACGAGGCCUUGGCGGAAGGUCUUGGCUCACGACAAAUUCGGCACGGUUACUUCCGGCUCUAAAGUGGCGCUGAGGGACGCAGUGAAACUAGGUGCGAGAGUUAGAUACAUUAUGAGAUUUGAUGAAUCCGAUUCAAUAGAAGUUCAGGAAGCAGAUAACAUUUCCAUUAAUGGUGCAGAUAUUGGCGCCACUCACGUUCGCUCUGUGAGUCUGGAACCAACCCCCGGCUCAACGGCGGAUCGUCGCUUCCAGAAUAAUCCGUACUGGUGGUUCACAAUCGCUGCGACCACGGGUUCCGUUGACAUGUCCCGCUGGACGGUCGGGGAACACACAAACAGAGGGCACAGCAGUCAGACCGCUAACAUAGAGUGGUUUGUCAACUGUUAGAGGGAAACUGUAUGUUUGAUGAUAAAGCUCUGAUUCAACAAAUUACGCAAGACUUGUUUAUGGCUACUGGGCCUUUUAAAGUAUUUAUAUAUAUAUGAGUUACAAUUUAACGACCAUAAUGUUCUGCUAAUGAUAUUGACUUCCCUUGGUGCCAUGUACCAUACAUGCCAAAUUCUAGAACUUGCUUACGAUACUAAUUCAAAUAUUCUAUGGAACGAAAGAUGAUGUAAAUUUUGUUAUGUUACCAAUAUUAUAAUUACUAUUAUUAUAGUAUUCGUCUACAAAAAUCUGAAUUUCACUACCCGUUUAUCGUAAAUGUUAACAAUACCUUCAGUGAAAUAAAAACCUCAAUUUAUCUUUAAGUAAUUCAAUUCGCCGAUAAAAAUGCACUUAACCCAAUG